AUGUCUACUGCCUCCACUAUGUCAGGAACCAUGCCUACUGGUAUGAUGCCUCUCAGUAGCAUGCCCACUGGUAUCUCAGCCAUGCCCAGUAUGCCUGGCUUCCUCGCUCGCUCGUGGCAUAUCCGCUCUACCGGCGCGUUUGCUGGCUCUUGCAUCUGUGUUAUUUUUCUGGUGAUGAUCCUGGAAUCUCUCCGCCGAGCUGGCCGAAUCUAUGAAGCCUUCAUCCUACGCCGAGCUCGUCUUCGUCAUCUGCACCUCUCUGGUCUGUCUUCCACUAUCCCAGCCCGUCAAGGUGUCAAGGCGAGGUUCCAAAGCAUCAUCACAAGUACAAAGACCAAUGCUGGCAAUCCGUCUAACGAUGAUCUUAUCACUCCUGUCAUGGGCAACUCCUCGCGAGUAAAAGCUUCGGACGAAAGCAACGGAACGCACAGCGGUACUAUCUCGGGUGUCAACGAAAUUCCUCCCCAGACCGGUCUUGCCAACUUUCAUCCCUACCGUCCUUCGCCCAUAGAGCAAAUUGUUCGAGCUUUGUUGCACACGAUGCAGUUUGCCGUCGCAUACAUCGUUAUGCUGCUUGCCAUGUACUACAACGGGUACAUCAUUAUCUGCAUCUUCAUUGGUGCUUUCCUCGGGUCGCUCAUCUUUUCUUGGGAGCCUGUGACGCUUGCGAAGGAGUGA